CAAAGAAAUUAUCAAACAAAUACUCAAAAUUCUACGAAUUGGCGUUGUGAUAACGGCAGAGAUAAUACCAAUACUAACCACACAUCAAAAUCUUUAUCUAAAAAUAAUGAGGAGAAUAACGACGAUUCCUAUUGUCACACCAAGCCCAAUUAUAAUAAUCGAGACAGAAAUCGUUUUGAACAGUUUGAAACUCCUCGUAACGAUGAAAAUAGUAACCAUCAGACUGAGACGACGAGAGACUCAAGAGAUUCUCCUCAUGAACACAAGAAAGAAAAGUCUAUUCGAAACAAUGAGAAUGAUGAUAAAAAUUCCGAAAGGGUGAAUAAAAACGAUUUUCAAGGGAAGUCUGAAAAUUUACCGAAAUUCAGAUGGUGGCAUGACCAUAAAACUAACAGAAAUGAUGUUUAUGAGAACUGGAGAGCUUCAAAGACGAACAAUGAGACUGAUGAUGAUAAAAAGAAUAGUUUUCAUUCAGGAACAUCUGAGAAUUGGAGACGAGAAUCGAUACAUGCUCACAAUAAUGCGGGACGAUCUCAGGGCAAUUGCAAGAGAAAUGAUACUGUCAAGGAUGAUUAUACUGAGUCAGCGAAUAUUUCGAGUAAUCGUCAUCAACCGAAAUCCAAGUUUGAUGGGGGAGACAAGUCGAACCCCGGGUAUUUUCAUCCAGAGCAUAAGAAAUACGAGAUGCUACAAACUUCAACAAUCGCUGUGCAUUGCUACAUGAUGAUAGCACAGUACGAUAAGGCUAUUCUUGAUGCAAACACAGUUAUCGAGUUGGAUCCUUCAUGUGUCAAGGCCUAUGUACGUCUCAUCAAAUGUGCCAUUCUCCUCGGGGAUAUAAAUUCCGCAGAAUCUCACCUCACGAAAUUUUCGCAAAUCGAUUCAAAGCACAAGAUAAUUUCUUCUGAACGUGAUAGGAUCAGGGAAUUCCAGGAGCAUUCACAGAGAGAGAUGAUCGCAGCGAGGAACAACAAUUACGAAAAUGCAUUAGAGUGCGUUAACAAGUGUUUGCUCAUCAGCCCAUAUAACCGAGCAUAUAAAAUCAAGAAUGCAGAGUAUUUGGCAUUGCUUGGUCGCCAUAAUCAAGCCCAAGAGGUCGUCAAUGAGAUACUGAAGAAGGAUGCAAUCAACGUAGAUGCUAAAUACAUUCUAGGACUCUGUGUUUAUUAUUCUGAUACUGAUGAGGCUGUGCACCAUUUUGAGGACGUUCUUCAACUGGAUCCCGAUCACAUGAAGUGUCUUCAAGUUUAUAAGAAAGCUAAGAAAAUUGUGGACAUGAGAAAAAAAGGCAAUAACGAAUUUAUAGCUGGAAACUUCUCUGUUGCACAUGAUCUUUACUCAUCAGCAUUAACGAUUGAUCCUGGUAAUACUGCAAUUAAAAAGAAAUUGUUAUUUAACAUGGGCCAAGCGUCUUACAGACUGAAAGAAUUCGAAAGAGUCAUAGCAGAAUACUCGCAAGCUUUAGCUAUCGAUCCAAAUCUCAUCAAAGCUUUGAAACAACGGGGGAAGAGUUAUAUGGAGAUCAAGAAUUGCGAAGAAGCAAUCGCUGAUUUUUCAAGAGUCUACGGUUUGGAUCCGACCGAUGAAUGCCUGAAAUUGAUCCACGAUGCUGAGAAGAUAUUGUCAUCGGUGAAGCAAGAUCACUAUGAGAUUUUGGGAGUGAGCAGAGAUCUCUCGAUCGACCAAUUGAAACAAGCAUACAAGUAUAAAGCAUUGCUGCAUCAUCCUGAUCGCCACUCGAAUGCAACUCCAGAAGAAAAGAAGAAACAUGAGAGGAAGUUUAAGGAUAUUACGAGAUCGUACAGAGAUCUGAUGGAAGAGUGUAAACGGAAGUUGUCCUUUGCAGACUAGGCUACCACUCCUGCAGUUAAUAAUUAUGGGAGGGAUUUCGAUGGGAAAAGCCAAUACGUAUGAAAAGAAUAGAGCAUUCUUGUUAGGGUAUUCAAUGUGGUUUUUCAUUAAAUUUAUAUAGUUGUUAUUAGGAAACAAUUGGUAAAAUAUCCAAUA